AUUUAUUUGCUUAUUAUGAAGACGGAUAAAAUUUUCUAUUGUUGUGUUGUGAUGUAUAUUAAUUAAACACUCUUUAGUUCAAAAGUUGCCUCAAGCACUAGUUUAUUUUCGCUUGUGCUUGGAACAUUUAAAUUAUUGCUCUAGUUCAGCCUUGGCAUAAAUAAGCAAAUUCUUUUUUUUUUCCGCUUUCAAAAUGUCCUUCUGGUAACUUGAUUUGAACUCUGAAAAUUUUAGUAACAUGUUUGAGUUUAUCUGGCGAUUGUGGGAAUGGCUGAUAGGCCUUUUUUGGCAAACUGAAAUGGAAGUUUCCGUAGUUGGUUUGCACAAAGCUGGCAAGACAACGUAUGUGAACCUAAUCUCCAAAAUCGACUGCACUAAUACCAUUCCAACUGUGGGAUUCAACAUGAGAAAGAUAAGGUGUGGUAAUACCUCAAUCAAAGUUUGGGAUCUUGGUGGAGAGAGGAGAUUUCGUGGAAUGUGGGAAAGAUACUGCCGUGGUGUGAAUGCAAUACUCUUCAUGGUGGAUGCAGCUGAUGGCGAAAAAAUUUUCGAAGCCAGGCAUGAACUACACGAAUUACUGCGAAAGCCUCAGCUGACUUGCGUUCCUAUUUUGAUCUUGGGCAACAAAACCGAUUUGCCUCAUGCUUUCAGUCAGGCUGAGCUUAUAGACCAUCUUAAUUUAAAAAGCAUCGAAAAUCGAGAAGUUUCUUGUUUCAUGGUAUCUUGUAAAUAUCGUGAAAAUAUCGAUAUUACAUUACAGUGGUUAAUUGCCCAUUCUAAGCGACCCAAAUAGUUCUUAUUUUUACUAGUGAGUGAACUAAGUUCGUUAAGUUUUAAAUAAAUAUAUGAAUAAAGUAAAGCUUA